AUGAAGUAUAGAUUUGAAGAUUGCGAUUUUUCUGAUUUAUUUUUCAUAUUCAUAUUCUUUAUUUACAGACCAGUCACAGCUUCCCGAACAUCUUUGCCACUAUGGAUGAUUGUCCUCCUUGUGUUUGGAGUGUUGGCUAUCCUUGGAAUAACUAUUGGUCUCCUGGUUCAUUUUCUGGCUGUAGAAAAUAGGACAUACUACUAUCAAGGUAGCUUCAAAGUGCUGAAUAUCCCAUAUAAUAAAAAUUAUGAAAAGGAGACAUCACCAGAAAAUAACUAUAUUAGUAAAAUUCUUGAAACUAAAAUGGUUGAUGCAUUUCAAAGUUCUAACAUUUACAGACAAUAUAUCAAUUCUCAAGUCAUCACACUAGUUCCCGAUAACAACAGUCUGACAGCAAAUAUAUGGCUGGUAUUCAAGAAUUCCAGAUCAUCGAAAGAAACUGCAAGACAAAGAAUUGAAAGCAUCUUACGUCAGAUGCUGACAAGCCACUCUGGAUCCUUGCCUACAGAUCCUGAUUCUCUGAAGCUCAUGGAAAUCAGUAAGGUCGAAGCUGAAAAGAUGAUCAACAACCGCUGUGGAAGACGACCAAGGAUGUCAGCUACGUAUGAUAGAAUCAAAGGAGGUUCCACUGCUCAAAAAGGAGAAUGGCCAUGGCAAGCAAGUGUGAAAUUCAAUGGUCGACACUACUGUGGGGCAUCCUUGAUCAGUGAGAGACAUUUGGUAACUGCAGCUCACUGCUUUCAACGGUCAGAAAAUCCAAAAAACUAUACUGUUAGCUUUGGAACUGUAGUAAGUCCCCCCUAUAUGCAACAUUAUGUUCAACAAAUUAUUAUUCACGAAAACUACGUCAAGGGUGAGCAUCAUGAUGAUGUUGCAGUUAUACUGCUCACUGAAAAAGUUGUUUUUACAAACGACGUACAUCGAGUUUGUCUUCCUGAAGCCACAGAGAUUGUGCCACCAGGUGAAGGAGUUGUUGUUACAGGAUGGGGAGCACUUACAUUUGAUGGUGAAUUCCCAGAGUUACUUCAGAAAGCACCAGUGAAAAUUAUUGAUACAAACACUUGUAAUGCUCCAGAAGUGUAUAAUGGAGUGAUAAAGGAUACAAUGUUAUGUGCCGGGUACUUGGAAGGAAAUAUUGACGCCUGCCAGGGUGACUCUGGAGGACCACUGGUUCAUCCCAAUUCUCGAGAUAUUUGGUACCUUGUUGGAAUAGUGAGCUGGGGAGUUGAAUGUGGAAAAAUCAAUAAACCAGGGGUCUACAUGCGAGUAACUUCCUACCGCGACUGGAUUGCCUCCAAGACUGGUGUUUAA